GGGUGACUGCAUCUAGACGUCUAUUACGUUCGGAUAAGUUUCGCAGCGUUCCCCGGGGCUUCUUCAUUCACAUCGGUUCUCUACGAGUUCGUUACCAGUGCAUUUUCCUUUCUCAACAUAGUUUAAAGAAAUUCGCUGAAAAAAUCAUGAUUUGACAAGGAAAGAGUAGCAUGCGGCGGGACCACGUGAAGCAACAAUGGAGAAGAAUCACUAUCGGCUCCGUUUCUUGGACGCUUUGCUUUCUCCUACUAGGGUUGUAUCCGGUGUUGGCCGAUAUCAUUCUCCAAGAUAUGGAAAAGAAUAUUAUCGACUUGGUGGAUGGUACAGGGAUGCAACAGGAGCCAGUUGGAGUGACAUUAGCCCAAAAUCGUUGUCAUAGAAAUGAUACUGUCGCGUAUAACAUAACCGAGAGUGCUCUACUGACGAUUAAUACCAAUACUCUGUUUCCUACCGGCAUACCACGCGAUUUUUCCAUUUUAGUCGUUGCCAGGCCAAAGAUCGGAUAUCCGGUUGCCACGCUGUUUGCCAUCUACAGCGACAGUGGCGAGGAACAGUUGGUGCUGUCAUUGGGCAAUGAUGUAACUCUUUACUAUAGUACAACACCAGACGACGAGGAUCAAUCGAUUUCAUUUGGAGUUGAUAUCUCGGAUGGAAGAUGGCAUCGUUUAGGUAUCAGCAUCAAAGGAGACACCGCCACGCUUAUCGUCGAUUGCACAAAAACUAUUUCCAAAGAAUUACGCAGGAAACUCGAUGAAACAAUCAGCGUCGAUGGUAUCAUAAUCAUUGGUCAACAGCUUAUAGAUGGAAAUAUGUAUUUGGGGAGCUUGGAAAUGUUGAAGAUCGCUCCGAUUCCGGAUGCAGCUUACGAAAUUUGCACGAUCUUCGCUCCAGACUGUAGAAAUCAAUCGAGAUACAGAUCACGGAUAAACAGUUACCCAAGCCAAGUGCGCAAUUAUGGCCCUGUAAUACGUACAACUUCGUCCUCUUAUUACGAGGCUUCAACGAAUAUUGGUAUCACUCAACCAAGCCAAAAUUUCAGAUCUUCCAGUGAAGAGUCUGUGUAUAAUAGAUCAUACUAUGGAACGAAUUAUAAUAAUAUAAAUUUCUCUAGAAACCACGAUAGAGCAGUUUAUGAAGAUUACGACGAGGAAAAUAAAGAAGGGUCGGUGGAAGAUAAUGAAGGAUACAAUUUAACUUACAAAGUCAAUACAACAUCGAGACCAGUUUUUCAAGAGACUCUUUCUAACAGCAUUUAUACAAUAGAUCAAUAUCAGACAACAACCCCGGAAACACCUGACAGUUCUGAGAAUUUAAUUGGAGGAAUUCAAGAUACCUUAAAAUACACAGGGUCUUCUGAAGGAUCCUACUACAGUGCUGUGUACUAUAAUACCCGAGGUCCACCAGGACCACGCGGAUUCCCAGGUCCCCCAGGCGUGCCUGGGCCACCAGGCAAAAAGGGAGAACCAGGGAGAGAUGGAUUGGGAGGUUUGCAAGGUGUACCAGGUCCACCUGGUAACGUUUUUGUUCUACCAACAUUAAAUCAACAAGGAAACGAGAAAGGACCUGACACUCAGGUGGAAGCAUUGAGACAAAUGCUUUCGCAGCACAUGAUGGCGAUGAGGGGUGCCGAAGGUCCUCUGGGUUUGACAGGUAUUUCAGGACCCGAAGGACCACCUGGACCUCAAGGUCAGAAAGGAGAACCCGGGGAAGUUGGCGAACCUGGACCUCGUGGAGAAAGAGGAAUUCCUGGUAACACUGGUAGAGAAGGUCGACGAGGACGACCUGGAAGAGAUGGUGAACGAGGCUUAAGUGGACCACCUGGAAUGAAAGGUGAACAAGGUGUACCUGGAUUACCUGGGCUACCAGGUGACAAAGGUGAAAGAGGGCCUCCAGGAGCUACUGGUGAACCAGGUUUACCGGGUCACGAAGGGAUGCAAGGUGACGAUGGUCCUCCAGGUUUGCCAGGUCUACCUGGUGAAAUGGGGCCCAGGGGAUUCAUAGGUCCACGAGGUUUCCCUGGAUUACCAGGUAAUCCUGGUAUUCCUGGAAGCGAAGGUCCACCGGGAGCGAAGGGCAAUACUGGCCCUCCAGGUUCUUCGGGUUCACCAGGAUCACCAGGUCCAGCGGGACCAGCGGGUCCACCUGGACCUCAAGGACUUCUGGGUCCAACAGGUUUAGUAGGACCUCAAGGAAAACCUGGUAUUCCUGGACUUCCAGGAGCAGAGGGACCACCUGGCCAUCCAGGGAAUCCUGGUGCUCCUGGAAUCAAAGGCGAACAAGGACCUCAGGGCCCACAAGGCCCAUUAGGCUUUCCAGGAGUUCGUGGUGUAAAGGGUGAUGAAGGUAAACGUGGAACACCUGGUGAACGCGGUGACAAGGGAGAGAGAGGUCUAGAAGGAGAAAAAGGUGAUUCGGGUGCAAAGGGUGAACCUGGUUCAUCAGGUCCACAAGGAAUUCCUGGAUUAGAAGGUUUAGAAGGAUCAAAGGGUUUUGAAGGACCACGAGGUGAACGUGGUCCAACUGGUCCCCUUGGUGAAAAAGGUAAAACAGGCCCCCCAGGAUUCGUUGGAUAUCCUGGAAAUAUUGGUGAAAAAGGUGAUAAAGGCCAACCAGGAAGAGCAGGUCCUACUGGAGAUAAAGGAGAAAGAGGAAAUAAUGGUGCACCAGGAGAACGUGGUGAACCAGGUCCUAGAGGAUUCAGAGGAGCUCGUGGAAGACGAGGUGCCGAGGGUUUACCCGGACCAAAGGGCGAUACAGGACAACCGGGUUCUCCAGGAUUACAAGGAGAACCUGGUCCACCAGGCGUCGAAGGUCCCCGUGGAUUUGUAGGACCUCCAGGUCAAGCUGGACUUGAUGGAAAAGAUGGAAUCGCUGGCCCACAUGGAGAACGUGGUCCAGUUGGUGAUUCGGGACCAAUAGGGCCACCAGGUGCAUCUGGUGUUAUUGGACCACAGGGUCCAGCUGGGGAGCCUGGCCAACCAGGUGAACCUGGAAAUCCAGGAAAUCCAGGACUUCCCGGAGAAACAGGUCCUCCUGGUGAACAAGGAAAGGAAGGACCGCCGGGACCUUCUGGUUUAUCAGGGAAAGAUGGUCCACCUGGCCCUAGUGGUUUGCCAGGAUUUCCUGGUGAACGAGGAUUAAGUGGUCUACCGGGAAUGCCAGGUUCAAAAGGAGAAAUAGGGCCAACUGGUCCCCCAGGUCCACCGGGUGAUAAAGGUGCUCAAGGAGAAGCUGGAAAAGAUGGUGAACCUGGACCUCAGGGGAAUCAAGGACCAAAAGGACCACCAGGACCAGCUGGUUUGAAAGGCGAUAGGGGUGAAGCCGGUCCACCAGGACCUAUUGGACGAGAUGGUUUACCAGGACAACGUGGAUUACCUGGUUCUCCUGGUCCUGUGGGGGUUCCAGGAGAGGACGGCGAUAAAGGAGACUUUGGCCCACCUGGUGAGAAAGGAUUCAAAGGAUCUCAAGGAGAAAUGGGUCCUCCAGGACCGCCUGGCUUACAAGGACUCCGAGGUGAACCUGGUGCUAUCGGUUUACCUGGUGAAAAGGGGCCACCUGGAGAAAUUGGAAGGCAAGGUCCAAAAGGUGAAGAUGGUCCUGUUGGCGCAUCAGGUCCUCCUGGUCCUAUAGGACCACAAGGACUACCAGGACCAGCUGGAUUAAAAGGAGAAUUUGGAGACACUGGUGCAGUUGGUCCUGUAGGACCUGCAGGAACUCCGGGCGAACAAGGUCCAAGAGGACCCAAGGGAUCUGAAGGUUUACAAGGUCCUCCGGGACCAGAGGGGCGUCAAGGAGAAAAAGGAGAUGCUGGAGCACCGGGGCUUCCAGGUCCAAGUGGUCCCGAAGGAAAACCUGGGGAACGAGGUCCUCCAGGUCCAAAAGGAGAAGAAGGGAAGAGUGGACCACCAGGACCACUCGGUAGCCGUGGAAUAAGUGGUCCCGAAGGACCAAAAGGUAAUGCAGGGCCUCCUGGUUUCCCCGGACCACCGGGAGACCCCGGACUAGCUGGCCUAAAAGGUGAACCCGGAAAAGAUGGCGAAGACGGUACAGCUGGAGAUCCUGGGCCGCCAGGAGAAAUUGGUCCUCCAGGGAAGGAAGGGCUUCCUGGCUUACCUGGAAAACAGGGACCAGAGGGUCCGGCAGGUUUACAAGGAAGUCCUGGAAUGCCUGGAGAAAAAGGCGAUAUGGGUCUGCCAGGAGCACCAGGAAUCCAAGGUCGUAUAGGAGAUCAAGGUUUACCAGGACCUCCAGGUUUACCUGGUUUAAGAGGACUUCCAGGACUCGCAGGAGAAAAUGGUCCACUUGGUAUGGCAGGAGCUGUGGGUGCUCCUGGAAAAGCAGGACCCAUUGGACCCAAGGGUCCAAAAGGUGACAGAGGUAAAAGAGGUUUUAAAGGACAUCGAGGUGAAUUGGGCCACGUAGGACUGAAAGGGGAGCAAGGUGAAAAAGGAGAACAAGGUCCACGAGGUGCUACAGGACCCGAAGGACCGAAGGGUAUUCAAGGGCCGGUUGGUUUAAUGGGAUUCAAAGGAAACGAUGGCCCUCCAGGACUUCCUGGAAUGGAAGGGCCACCAGGACCUAAGGGCAAUGCUGGAAACGAUGGACCAAAAGGCGAAACCGGUCCUCCUGGACCUCCAGGUCCUCCAGGUCCACCAGCGGAACAACCAAUGAUUCCUCCAGAAUUAUUAUUUACAAGAGAACAAAUUUUAAGAAGAAAACGAGAUGUUCCAAAGGAAACAAAUGAGCCAAAGGAAGAAAGUAAACCACCAGAAAAUGUAGAUAAAGAAAAUCAGAAUGAAGAAGAACUCGGACCUAAGUUUUUAGACAUGUACAGCUCAAUCUAUGCUAUGAGACAGGAAUUAGAUCGAAUACGUAAACCCAUUGGGAGCAGAGAAAAUCCUGUGAGAACUUGUAAGGAUCUAUUUUACGGACAUCCACACUUUAACAAUGGCUGGUAUUGGAUCGAUCCAAAUUUGGGAAUGGCCGAUGAUGCAGUAUACGUUUAUUGCAACAUGACGAAUAUGGGUGAAACUUGUGUGCAUCCUGACAUCCACACAAGUCAGAUGCCAAAUAUACCAUGGAAAAAGGAAAAUAAUAAAACCGAUUGGUAUUCGAAUCUGCGUGGAGGAUUCAAAAUUACAUACGAAACCAUCGGAGUGGUGCAAUUAAAUUUUCUACGUCUAUUGAGCCAAGAAGCUUAUCAAAAUUUUACUUAUACUUGUAUUAACAGCAUUGGUUGGUACAAUACUUUAAACGACGACUAUGAUUCUUCUUUGCGAUUACUUGGUGCUAACGAUGACGAGUUUUCGUACGCUGAUAUAAAACCGCAGAUCACGAUCGAUAAUUGUAAAACUCGUAAAAGUAAAGGGGAAACAGUGUUUCUGAUUGAAAGUAAAAUAAUGCAACAAUUACCACUGGUAGAUUUCUAUCCAGUAGAUUAUGGAUUACCACAUCAAGCAUUUGGUUUCACAGUAGGUCCUAUCUGUUUCAAAUGAAUUCAAUUAUGAAAUUUUAAUUGGCAAGACUGAAUGUAUAUCAUUGUCUUCCGUCAUUCAUUUUUUGCCUACGCGAUAAUAUCGAGAUAACGCUAAUUUAUUAAUCAAUUAUGUAUUAAGAUGAACAAUAGUGAGAAUGUUAAAUUUUGUCAUGUACUUAUGCCAAACAUUGAUAUUUCUUUUUACGCGUUCGAAGAAAUGAACAAGUGCCAUUCAGAACUUAAUAGAAUGUAAGAAGUGCAAUGUAACGUGAAUAUUUUUAUUUAUACAGGAUACGAGCAUUAUAAUUAAUUUCACUGCCAUUAGCAUACGAUGUAUUCUAUACAGUACAUGCUGAUUUGUUCAUAUGUUU